AUGGCCCCGUCCCGGCUGCACCUCGGCCUCCGCGCCGCCUACUCUGGCAUCAGCUCUGUGGCUGGCUUCUCCGUUUUCCUCGUCUGGACAGUCGUCUACAGCCAGCCGGCGACCGCAGCCAUGGGGGGACUCGCAGGUGUGUUGGCGCUCUGGGUACUGGUGACACACAUCAUGUACAUGCAGGAUUACUGGAGGACCUGGCUCAAGGGGCUGCGUGGCUUCUUCUUCGUGGGUGUCCUCUUCUCAGCCGUCUCAGUCGCUGCCUUCUGCACCUUCCUCGUGCUGGCCAUUACUCAGCACCAGAGCCUCAUGGACCCCAACAGCUACUACCUCUCCUGUGUAUGGAGCUUCAUUGCCUUCAAGUGGGCCUUCCUGCUCAGCCUCUACGCACACCGGUACAGGGCCGACUUUGCCGACAUUAGCAUCCUCAGUGAUUUCUGA